AUGAUGGAGUCUUUGGAUAUCAGGAUAUUGGAGACAAAGUGCAUAUUGCUGAAACAGAACCAACAACAGAAUAUCAAACUAAAGAUUGGCACUGGAAAGCUGGGAGGAUGGAUUAAACAAUGUUCUUCCAGUCUACCACUGGACCAUAUUGCCUUGAACAAUGGCCAUGUCGAUAUCAAUUGGGAUUGGUCAUUAUCACUAAAGUAUAAGCCCAAGAACCAAUAUAUAUAUAUUAGACUGAUGGAAGAUGGAUUCCUGAGCAAUAUCAUUGGAGAGAGCGUCAUCGAAAUAGGCAGCUUGUCAAUGAAUAAUAAUAAUAAUAGCCAGACAUUAUGUGUACCACUACACUUGAUGAGUCCAGGUUAUGAUCAGUCAAAGACUGCUCCCAUUCGAGUUGGCGAGCUAAUAUUGACUGUUGGGUCUUGCUCAAGUGGUAUGGGUAGCAGUAGGAAUAUUGGCGCACCAGCCAAAGCCAUUGCCGAUGGCAUACCAGCCAAGAGUGAUGAUGCAGACGACAAAUCUGGUGUACCAAUACAUGAGAAUGGAAGUGAUCAUAUGGCUAUUGAUAGCGAUCAGAUGGUCCCCGAGCAAGAGGUGGUCACAACCCACUCUUCGACCUUCAAGGAGCAGCUGAAGGAGUCAAUCAGUUCGGCCUCACAGAUGAUCAUCGACGCCAUUAGAGGCAGGUCAUCAAGUUUUGGCAACUCGAGUGAUCAUCCCGAGGCCAAGAACCUGGUCAAGGAGAUGAAGUCAUUUUUGAGACGAGAGGAGAAGGCAAUCAGAUCACAACCAUCAUUGUCCGACACUGUUCAGUUGGUGGUCAUUCAAUGCAGUGGGCUCGAGAAGGAGUUUGCAGCCAACACUUUGAUGAUGGGUUGUCGCGUCAAGAUUGGCACAUCGAUGGAGAACAAGAAGGACACGAUACUCAAGCCAUCGUCUCAAUUGCUAUGGAAACAAUUCUUUGACAUCUCAUUGGCACAUCCACUUCAAAGAUUCUCAGUCUCAAUGCAGUUGCUCACUAUCCAAUUGUUGGAUCACUCGACGACCCCACCCACAGUGUUUGGCGAAUCCAAGGAACUCAACUUGUAUUCUCUCGAGCGUGAGAAGAUUACUGAGCUCUGGAUGCCGAUCAAGAUCACGAACUCUCAAUACGAAGACAUGUCCUGUUCACCCAAGGUCCAUCUUGUGUUGAAGUAUACAACUGGACGCAUGAACAAUGAUGAGAUGACCGAGUUAUUGUACCAAUCACUCUGUGGCCAAGAUCGUGUCCUGAUAUCUUCAUUGCUCCAACAAGGUGCCAAGAUUAAUAGUUAUUUCAUUGAGAAUAGAAAUGCCGAUCAUCCAUCCUACACCACGCCAUUGAUCAAAGCUGCCAAGAAUGGCAAUCUCCAUCUGGUCAAGUCCCUCGUGGAACUUGGUGCCAAUGUUAACUUUGCUGAUCCCGAAGGCUUCACUCCCCUGAUGAAGGCAUUCCAAUUCGAGGGUAUCCAUCAGCCAUCAUGUAUCCACGUUGCCAGAGUUCUCCUAGAUGCUGGAGCCAACCCAAGCUUUAGGAACAAGAAGGGAGAUGAUAUAUUCAAGUAUUGUAGAACUAGGGCAACCUUCCAGUUUGCAACAUCAUUUAUAUCAUCAAACUUCCAUGAGGUUGCGGUAGUGAAGUGUCCAAGAUGCUAUUCCAUUGAUGUCCCAAUGUGCACAGAGUAUCGCAACUCCCCAAUAUUCCAAACCUCAACAUGUCGUUGUCCAAGACCAUCCAACUGUCAGUCCUGUAACUUCCCUCUAACAUUCAAGGAUGAAUAUACACGUAUAAUUGCCAAGAAGGAGGUGAAGUACUUGAUUAGGAACUAUCACUCAAUCUUGAAGAACUAUCCACAAUUGUUGGUAUGCUGUCCAUGUUGCCAGUCGAUGGCAUUCUUGGGUGUAACCGCGGAGUUGUCCUUGGGUGGUACAUUCGUCGAAGAGAAUGAUAUUAUGAACCAUAUCCAGCAUCUACCAAACUGCAACUCGAUCAGAUUGCACUACAGUAAGGUUAUGCUCACUUCCAAAUCAUUGGAUGCACUUCUUCACCUUGCCCAGCGAUCCCCAUUGUCCAACUUUAACGCUAUUAUGGCACCACCUGCCAAGGACAAGGACUAUGCCCCAUUCAACAUGCUGCCACAUGAACUGAUCAUAUCCAUUUGCAGUAAGAUGGACUCUUGGACCGACAUCAUUCAUCUUACACAGCUCAACUGGCAAUUCAAUCGUGUGCUAAGUGACAGCAUGUUCUGGAAGAACAAGUUGUUCUCACUGUUCAGCAUCUCGCGUAGCAGUCUACUGCCCUCACCUCAACGACUGUUCAACACCUCGUUCAAGUCGCUCUAUGGCCACUACACCAGCCUGGCAGAGUGGAUCCGCCUGCUGCUGCUCGAGGAGACGUUCAAGCCACGCUACGCCUAUGAGAUCAACUCUUCCAAUGGCAACCUGCGUGUGGAGUUGUCGCUCACAUCCAAGAAGUACCUGUUCAACAAAGAAGGCCAUUCAUUCAACUUUGUCAACGAGUUCAAGCUAAUCCUCGAGUUCUCAGCCAUCAAGCAACUCGAGCACAUUGAGAUCCUGGCCAACAACCAACCGAUUGAACUCAUUGCCGAUCUAAGCAGUCAGAUGACUCUGCCUACGAAUGAGAACCAGCCCACAUCGGAAGAGAUCAACAAGCAUGUUGGAAAGGCAUCGAUUCAUCUCAAGCUGCAAGCCAAGGCAAUCGAUCGAUGGAUCAAUCAAUACCUCAAGUUCAUGUUCCCAGGUUUCCACAACUUCCUACUCAUUCGCGAUGAUGUUGGAGGAAGUAUCAUCCUUGACUUCUUCUACUAUGACAUCCAUUCCAUCACAUUGCACCAUUAA